CAGAGGCAAACGUGUAGGGUUCCGUCUAAGCAUUCAGAGAGCAAAUACCUAGCCCAGUUUAGUGCUUAGUGAACACAUGGACAAUAGAGUCACCCCUGCGAGAAGCCCUGGAACUUCCAAGCAAAUGAACUAUGAAACCCUAGGUAUUGUGAAAAAUUAACAAACCCUAAAUUAUAGAAGAUGCAAAUACAGUGAUAGCGAUAGUGAAGCAAAUCCACCUUCCAAGCAACUUGUGAAGAAGCCAGAGAGAACUUCAUGCAGUUCCAACCAGUAAUGAAUAACAACACUAAACCCAACACACAAAUGCAAAUCUACAAACCAUAAAGAGGUAUUACAUUUUGAGACACACAAAGAUCUUCCUAGAAAGACAAGACAUUGAAAACAACGAAGAACCACAACAAAAGAUCCAGGGAGUAUAGACGACAGUAUAGUCUAAAACCCUAUAAAAGAAGAAAGAAUAAUAAUAAUCUAGCCUGCUUCUUCAUAAAGAAGGGAUUAAUGACAAAGACAUUAGGCCACACCUGUUAUGAAAGAGAAUACCCUGGUCUUCAAAUAAUAAGCUGCUGGAAAAAUGAAUGAUGACUCACUUGACAUCAAGGAUGAAACUGAGGAGAUUAACACCCUUCCCCCACACUUCAAAUAUGAAGACAUUGUGGAUAUUAAGGAGGAAUGCCUCAUUGAAACUAAGAAGAGACACUACACCUCACUUAUUGAGGCUGGGUUUUCCUCAAUGGAUGAAGAGGAGGAGAAACUUUGGGAGAUUGAGGGAGAGCUUAUUGAGGUGAAGGAAGAACUGCUAGAAAUAGAGGAAGAGGUUGUGGAAGAUAAAGACUUCCAGGAAGACAGUUGUUCUUUUGUGCAGUAUGUUGGUAAGGAAGACAUACACAGUCGUGAGGACCUCUCUUGUGCUCUUGAAGCCACCGAAGAAUCAGUCAAAGAGCCAUUCAAAUGCAGUACUUGUAGGAAGACAUUUUUGAACAAGUCAAAGUGGACCAUCCAUAUUAAGAGAUGCAAGACUGAAAAAACAUUCACUUGUGAUAUUUGUGGCAAAUGCUUUGCUCAAAAAGGAGGUAUUAUUUUGCAUAUGAGGACACACACAGGGGAAAAGCCCUAUGGCUGUGAUGAAUGUGGAAAGAAAUUUCCACAUACAGGUGAUUUAGCAAGGCACAUGAGAGUUCACACUGGAGAAAAACCUUAUAUAUGUGAGGUAUGUGGAGCCAGCUUUUCACAUAUAAGCACUUGCAAAAGGCACUUGAGAACACACACAGGUGAAAAGCCAUUUACCUGUGAUGUGUGUGGCAAGGACUUCCGGCACAAAAGCACACGGAACAGACACAUGAGGUCACACACAGGAGAAAAGAAAUUUAGCUGUGAUAUAUGCAAAAAAAUGUUUGGUGAGAAAGGUGAUGUAGUAAAGCACAUGAAAGUCCAUACAGGUCAAAAGGAUUUUCGCUGUAAAAUUUGUAGUUUCAAGUUCUACAUCCAACGUGAUCUGGAAAGGCACAUGAGGAUUCAUACAAGAGAAAAGCCUUAUAGUUGUUCCAUAUGUGGUAAUAAUUUUUCAAUAAAGAGCAACAUGAUGAAGCAUGUUAGAGGACAUAAAAUUCAGUGAUGAAAAAUUGUAACAAGAAAUACACACAAAUUGCUAAAUAUGUACUCUAGCCUAUUUGGUAAAGGGCUGUGAUUUAUUAAUACUUCAUUGAAUUUAUGUGAGAAAUACAUGCUUGUAUAUGUUUGUGUGUA